AUGAAUCAUCAACAGAUAGCAAGCCUUCCUCAUGGUAAGGAACAAUCAUUUGGUAGAAUUGUUGAGAAUAUUGUUAGACAAAUUAAUGAUCAUGUGAUUGAUUGUUUUGGUCCUAAAUCAAGUGGUAAAAUAAUAACAAUUAUUGGAAGGGAUAAUAAUACUCAACAAUAUUUAAGCAAUGAGGGUGGAUUUAUUAUUCAAAAUUUAAAUGUUAAACAUCCAGUCGGGUUGAUGAUUGUAAAAUUGGUUAAACAAAUUCAAAUGGGAUGUGGUGAUGGAACGAUAAAUGUUGUGUGCCUUCUUAAUGAAUUAUUGAAGGUUGCACAAGAUUUGAUUAAUAAUGACACUAUUGAAACCAAUUUGGUUUGUGAAACAUUUACUCAAAUAUGUAAGAAAUGUGUGGAUGAAAUGAAAAAGUUUGCCCUCAAUAUUCUUGUCGAUGAGAAUGGGAAUAGCCUUGACCUAUCAUCGAUCAAGAGUAAUAAGGAUAUUUUGAAUGUAAAGAUUCAUAUUGACAAGCGUAAAUCAGAUGAUUUGGUAAGAACCUUCUUUAGAACCAAACUGAAUGAUGAAAAAAUCAUUUCUCAACUUGUAAAUAUUUGUCUGAAGGCGUCCUUUGAUUUAUACGAUGGUCUUUCUAUUAAACAAAUGAAAAAUAUCCAAUUACUGCCGAAUUUCCACAAUGUCAAUAUCAUUUCACAAGUAUCCCUAAGCUCUAGAGUAGAAUAUAUUGAUGGUCUUGUAUUUGAACAUGGAUUGCAGAAUCAGUUCAUGCCUCGAUAUCUGAAAGAUUGUAAGGUAAUUGCAAUAAGUGACAUUCCACUAGAAAUGUUGAAAGAAAAGAAGAAGAAUGAAUUCAAAUCUGCACAAGAGAGACUAGAGCUUCUCAGAAAGGAGAGAGAAAUAAUAGAUUACAAGUUAAAAAAGAUACUGAAAUUCUCUCCCUCUUUUGUAAUUUCCAAUAAUGCCAUAGAUGAUUCCAGCUUGAACCAAUUCUCAAGGCACAAUACUAUUGCCCUCAGACACGUGAGACAAGAUAUUUUCGAUAGAAUUUGUGAAAUGACGAGUGCAACAAAAAUUUAUGAUUGCGACUACAUCAAGGAAGACUAUAUUGGACAUGCAGAGUUUGUUUCCAUCAAGGAAGAUCAAAGACAUGCACAGCCAGAAUCUAUAAUACACAUUAAGGGAAACAAAUACACUGUCGGAUCGAUAAUAGUUUCAGCAUCCAACAGAGUUCUCAAUCAACAAUAUUCUAGAUUAAUUAGGGGUGCCUUGAAAAUUAUUAGAAAUUCAUACGAGGAUUGUCUAAUUGCUCCUGGAGGAGGAUCAUUAGAAAUGAUGCUUUCCUCUCACCUUAAAAAAACAGCAAACAAAUUAUCACCUAUUGAACAAUUGAUUUAUGAAAAAUUUUCACUUGCAUUGGAAUCCUCAGUACCAUUUCUGAUUUGUGAAAGUAGUGGGCUCAAUACGAGUACCACUCUCCGAACGUGGAUGCAUCAAAUCAAGAAGGAAAAGAUUCUAACACUAGAAACUAGCUCAUUUCCAGCUAGAUUCAUUCAUCCAGAAGUCAAAGGCGUUUGGGAUUCAAUGCGAGUAAAGAUUCAAUGCCUUCACCAAGCUGUUGAAAUGGUUUGCACACUACUAAAGAUCGAUUCUAUGCACACUGCCACAGAUCUGAAAAAAGAAUUCAAUGAUAGUAUGCAAAAAACAUUGAAUGAACUAGCUCAACAAGAAGUUCCUCUCAAUAACGAAUGGAAACAAAGCAACCAACCUUUCACUAAACUUCCGUCACAUUUAAGCUCUACACAACAAGAAAGAAGAAAACAACAAAUAAUCAAGAAGGAUAAAGCAUUCUAUAGUAAGGAGAAAUCCAAGCAAAGAAAAAAGCUAGAUCAUAUUCAAUCAGAUAACGCUCAAUCAAUUCAACAACACCAAAACUCAGAGGUUGAAAGAGAGCACGAGAGAAAGCUAAGAGAAAAAGGUCUAGUUGGUUAUGAUAUCGAUCCAUUUCAUUAA